CCCACUGCAUGAGAUAGAUUGUGCUACAGCAGUACAUUACUAACGUCGGAGUCAUUACGAAUUGAAACAAUUAGGCAUAUCAGCCACUACAGAACAUGUAUACAAAGGUGUUCAGCUUUUCGACGUGCACACUAAUUGCGCUGACCCUAUUUACGAGUGAAGCUAACACCCAGUCAUGUCAUUUACGCGAACUCGACAUUUGCGCCGUGUCUUCGGUCGCGUUCAACAAAGUUGCCACAACGGAACACGAAAUCGAUCGGUACUGUAACCUAUUCGAGGACGCUAAGGAGUGCUUCUUCAAUUACACGAGAAAAUGCAUGACGCCCCUGCAUCGUGAGCUGUUAAACUUUGGCAUCGAAGGCGCCAAGGAGCUGAGCUCGAAAUUCUGUAAACGUGGCGACCGGCUUCGCAAUGACUAUCUGAAGCAUGCCCCAUGCAUCGCUCGCGCUAUGCCCGAGGGCAAGAAGUGUCUUCAGGAUGCGCGGACAGGUUUUGAGAAAAUUGAAGAGGCCAAAUUUCAGGAUCGAAUCUCGACCGCGUGCUGUACUUAUAUGCGUUAUCAAAACUGUUUGACGGGUGCGGUUGCAGGGCGCUGUGGCGAGAAGGCUGUCCAAUAUGGUCACAUAUUGGUGCGUAUGGCAUCGUCUAACCUUAUCGACAUCAUGUGCCAAGGUUACGACACGAAUCCUGUCUGCAAAAAACUUUUGCCUCCGCCAGGAACGAAACCCAAGGGCAACUCGAAAUCGGUGGUAAGCAAGUUGUUCGCUGCGUACGUCGGCAUUUGAGCGUACAGCCCAGUCGCUUCGCGAUCUCGAUCAGUGUUACCAACUAUUUAAUCUGGUGUAAAUGGAUCAUGAAUUGUCAAAUGUGCACUAUGGCCGUUUGGCGUAUGGUUUAUUGCACUGUAAUAGUUUGAGCUAACUCGAGUAUCACAAUCUAAUCAGCUUUGUGCUAUUUUUAAUUAUUUGUCAGAGCAAGCACUGCCUGCAUUUAGCAAAAUACGUUAGAGACAAAGAAUUGGAUGCCUGUUCUCGUCCGGAUCGAUUGUUUAUAUGAAACGCACCGAGAACGUUCAUCCGGUGCAUCAUCCUAGGUUUCGUGUGAGCAUCCCUUAGCAAGCGUUCCUAGAAGAUAGGUUCCAGUCGAGCGAAUAUCACCAAUAUUCGAUAUCCGACCAGCUAUACGUGAUUUAGAGUUUCAUUCGUCAUGAGCCUCAUAUGAUCCACUUCAAAAUUGUGUGGAAUUUUGCUUAGUUGAAAUAUUUCUCUUCUUGAUUUUGGAUGACACAAGAAAGGGUCAGGAGCAAUCUGGGAUUUUGACAAGGUCUAUGACAAAUCGUUUCCCUGUAAAAAGAAGCUAAAUCUAUGAAGUAUGCCAAACGUAGAUUAUGCACAACCGGUUUUACGCAUGAGUUAGCGGUAAGAGCUCAAGUGAAGGUGACUUCGUUGAUGUUAUCGACCUUGAAGGCAACCAGUUAACUUUGUCUGUAUCACUCAGCGGUUCCCUACCUAUAUAUAUAUAUAUAUAUUUAAAUAGAAAACUGAAAUGCUAGUUGUAAUAGAAACGCAAUUGUAUUCAUCUUCUGUGUAACGGUGAUAUAAUACUGUUAUCGUCUAUGUUGUAUGACUGGACAAAAGUGUUUUGUUAUUUCCGAAUGUGUUUGCUAACAUAUUGUAUUCUCUACUACGCAUACGACUAGAAGAGCUGAUAAUUACGAUCUAUCUUAUCAAUAUAUUUAAUAAAGUUUUUCGUGUUGUUACAUUGAUAAUAACGAUAUUAAAUAAACUGAUAGGCUACUGGUGACAGUGAGA